AUGCUUGCUAGGGCUAUAAAUUCACUGCCGUUGGGCCUGUCACAAGGAAUUACCAAACUAUAUUUUCGGGCUUUGACUUGGAAGCAGCAAGGGUUUCACAGUAGCCAAGAACAUCUGGUGUACGACACAAUGGAUGUUAAAAUUUUGCCAGCGCUACAGGAUAAUUAUAUGUAUCUGAUUGUGGACAAGGCAACAAAAGAGGCAGCAAUUGUUGAUCCAGUAGAACCUAAUACAGUAAUUAAGGCGGUUCAAGAAAAUGGUGUUAAACUCACAACAGUGCUUACAACUCAUCAUCACUGGGACCAUGCUGGAGGCAAUGAGAAUUUGGUAAAAAUGCAUCCGGGUCUGAAAGUAUAUGGUGGUGAUGACCGUAUUGUGGCAUUGACUAAGAAAGUUCAGCAUAAUACAACUUUCAACAUUGGUCGUCUGAAUGUUCAAUGUCUAUUAACACCUUGCCACACAUCUGGUCAUAUCUGCUAUUACAUCACAUCUCCCGAUGAAGGAGAAGAUUCAGCUGUGUUCACAGGAGAUACAUUAUUCUUAGGUGGCUGUGGCAGGUUCUUUGAAGGCACGGCGGAACAAAUGCAUCAUGCAUUAAUCCAAGUCUUAAGCAACCUUCCUGACCAGACAAAUGUGUUCUGUGGUCAUGAAUAUUCUUUGCAAAAUUUAAAAUUUGCUGCACAUGUUGAACCAGAAAAUGAAAAUGUAAAAGAAAAGAUAAACUGGUCUAGGGAACGUAGGCAAGAUGGAAAGCCAACGGUGCCGUCAACGAUUGCAGAAGAAAAAUCAUACAAUCCAUUCAUGAGAGUAAUGCAGCCUUCUGUCAUGAAACAUGCAAACAAAAAUGAUCCCAUAGAAACUAUGAAAGCUAUUCGCCUUGAAAAGGAUAAUUUCAAGGGC